ACGCACAUUUAGUUCAUUCAGGGUGGUCUUUGGUGUAAUCGUGGCGUUCCAUUCAAGGUCAAAUAACCGGUUAUCAUUUUGUUAUCGUUCCAUGACUGACAAGACAGGCUCGAAAUCCUGUUAUGUAAUAGGCUAUUGGGUUUUAAGAGUAGAACAGUCCAUUCUUAUUCCUGUUUGUGUUUGAAUCUGUUGAGAAAUUCAAUUUAGUUUAAGUCUUUUCUUUCCGAUUCGCCUCGCAGCCUAUUAAUGUUUAAUAAUUUCUGUUGUAAUCGGUUUUAAAUUAUACUUCUACAAACUUUUUCUUGUGGACUACUAUUUCAAUUUUUCUAUAGGUCUAAAACAAUGUAUUCAAAACAAUUAAUUUAUAAAAGUAUUGCUUGUCACCGGGCACGGGCUUAUUCGACGGUUUUACCGGCACCAAACCCUUCUCCUAAAAUUCAAGCUACUGGAAUUUUCAUUAACAAUGAAUGGCUGAAGUCAAGUUCUGGGAAAACAUUUCAAACAGUUGAUCCAGCAACAGGAAAUAUCAUUGCUGAGGUUCAACGUUCGGAUAAGAAUGAUGUGGACAAGGCAGUUCAUGCAGCAAUUCAGGCCUUCAAACUGAAUUCUCCUUGGAGGAAAAUGGAUGCAUCUCGAAGAGGAUUGCUCUUAAACCGCUUGGCUGAUUUGAUGGAACGAGAUGCUCAGUACUUAGCUAGCCUGGAGACUCUUGACAAUGGAAAGCUGUAUGCUUGGUCAUAUGGAGUGGACCUGCCCCUCAGUGUCAAGUGUUUGCGCUAUUAUGCAGGCUUUGCAGACAAGAAUCAUGGCAAGACGGUGCCUUUUGAUGGAGAGUAUUUCACGUACACUCGUCAUGAGCCAGUGGGUGUAUGCGCUCAGAUCAUCCCUUGGAACUUCCCAAUGCUCAUGGCCGCUUGGAAAAUAGGACCUGCAAUUGCUACAGGAAAUGUGAUUGUGAUGAAGCCUGCAGAGCAGACUCCACUUACAGCUCUGUACUUGGCCGAGCUGAGCCGAGAGGCUGGGUUUCCUCCAGGAGUUAUCAACAUGGUUCCUGGCUUUGGGGAUGCUGGAGCUGCCUUGUCCUCACACCCCUUGGUAGACAAAGUGGCUUUCACAGGCUCUACAGAGGUAGGAAAACUAAUCAAGCAGACUGCAGGAGCAACAAACCUGAAGCGAGUCACCCUGGAGUUAGGUGGAAAAUCUCCAAACAUCAUCUUCCCUGAUUGUGAUAUGGAGAAGGCUGUGGAGGGUGCUCACUUUGGUCUCUUCUUCAACAUGGGCCAAUGCUGCUGUGCAGGCUCACGUACAUUUGUUCACGAGAGUAUUUACGAUGAGUUUGUAGAAAGAAGUGCAGAUUUCGCUAAAAAGCGGAAGGUUACAAAUCCAUUCGAACCUGAUUGUGAACUGGGACCUGUGGUUGAUGGGGAGCAGCACAGUAAGAUCCUGGAUUUUAUUGAGAGUGGAAAGAAAGAAGGGGCUCGGCUCGUAGCGGGAGGCAAUCGGGUCGGAGACAAAGGCUUCUUCAUACAGCCCACAGUAUUUGCUGAUGUCACCGACAAUAUGCGCAUAGCAAGAGAGGAGAUAUUUGGACCUGUGCAACAGUUGCUCAAGUUCAAGACCAUUGAUGAAGUGAUUGAGCGUGCUAACAACACAGAGUACGGUCUGGCGGCUGCUGUGUAUUCCAAGAAUAUUGACACUGUCAACACUAUAGUGCAGGCAGUCAAGGCCGGUACUGUUUGGGUGAACUGUUACAACGUUUUAGAGGCUCAGGCCCCGUUCGGAGGGUUCAAGAUGUCAGGAAAUGGUAGGGAGCUGGGAGAGUAUGGACUGCAAGCGUACACGGAGGUGAAGACAGUCAUUGUCAAAAUUCCAUCCAAAAACAGCUAAAUGUAUAGUUUAAUGAUACAAAAAAGUAAGACUGUGUAAAAGUGAAUGUUAAAAUUGUGCCAUGUCUAAAUUAGUUUCAGAAAAUUAAGAGUAGGUUAAUCAUUUCUUCCACACAGUAGAGCAAAAAAAUCAAAGUUGUUUGUUUGUUCAGGUAGCAGUAAUGUAUGUAGCCUACAACAGAUUUUGCUAGAUGUUUUUCUUGUAAUGUUUCAAUUACCACUGACAAAUCAGUAUUCAUUUUGUGAUGGAGAUAAUAAUAAAUAGAAUGUAACAAAAAUGUGGUAAACUUCCCCUUAAUAUUAUUACCUUAAUUAAAAAACUUAUAAAAGUUACUAGCUUAUUUCUUGUUUGCUGCAGAAUGGAUUUUACAUAGAAAAUAGUUAAAAAUACUUAAUAAAACGGUAGUAAUAAAUGGAUAUUUUAAAGUUAAGUCCUGAUUUGUAAAGUGAAGUUAGAUUUUAAAAUGUUUAUCUUUUUAUACUAUCUAAAACAAUAUAUACUAUCUAAUUAAUUACGUUUAUUGUCAUCAUGUUAGUUUUAUGCUUAAUCCUUUUAUUUCAUAUGCAUUUUUGUAGCUUCAAGCAAUUACAUAGUUUUAAUAUUUUAAUGUGAUCUUGGCGUGAUUCUCAAACCUUAUAAUGUGUACGCUUACUGUGUAUUCCUGAAGCCAGAGUGUUUAUUUUGGAAAUAUGGUAAUUUUUCUACUUAAAGUAACCUUACAGUAUAUCCAAUAAAUAGUAUUUCUAUUUAACUCUAGAUAUACAUUACACAUAUUUGUAAACAUAGUUUACAACAUAUGAGUAAUACUGAAUUUUAACUAAUUGCAGUUUCAUUCUUUACAAUCUGCACUAUAUCUUUAAAUCAAAUUUACUGGACCUUGACUGAAAAUUACAGUGGACGUGUGGUGUAAACAAUAUUUGAAAGUUAUGGUUUGAGGAAACAAUACUGAUAAGAAAAAUACUGUUCUAAACACAUUUUUUAUAUUUGUAUGUUAUGAGUGAAUAAAUGUUUUAUAUAGCAAG